AAUCGAUAAUCUUAAGCGGGAACAUAUAACAAAAAAAAAAAUAAACAAAAAUUAUAUUAAAAAAAAGAUAAUAAAUAUAACGAUUUAAAAAAAAUAUAUAAAUGUAAAAAAAAAGUUCAUAAAGGGCAAGCCUCAAAUGGCCUGUGUAUAUUUGAUCGUGCACUGCUAGUAUUAUGUCUUACAUUAUGCAGACUACAUCCACAACUGCUGCUUUUAUCUGGGCCCCAGUGUACCUGAUCAAUAUCUGGAAUAUCAUCGAGGCUUUCCGGGAAAAUGGUCUAAACAAUAUGGAACUCAGGACCGAAAUAAACGUUUCACAUCUGGAAACCCUCCUGUCGUCCAUUUUUUACCAAUUGAAUAAAAGACUGCCAUCUGCUCAACAGCUCGACAUCAAUCUGUGUACAGCGAAAGUACUCAACUGGCUUUUGGCACUAUACGAUAAAGAAGACAGAAGCAAAAUUUCUGCAUUUUCACUUAAAGUUGCGCUAGCCACAAUGUGUGCAGGGAAGCUUAUGGAUAAAUUGAGAUAUAUAUUCUCGCUUAUAUCCGAACCAAAUGGAUUAUUAAUUCAUACACGUUUUGCCGACUUUUUAAAAGAAGCAUUGGUUCUUCCAUGUGCUGUUUAUGAAUCGCCGACAUUUUCGUUUAAAGAGAGUUUAGCUAGUAGAAUUUUUGAUCACAGAUCUAAAAUAACAGUUAAUGAUUUUCUGGACACAAUCAUUUCCGAUCCCGGUCCUUCCUGUCUUGUAUGGCUUCCUCUUCUGCAUCGUUUGGCUAAUGUGGAAAAUGUUUUUCAUCCCGUUCAAUGCGAUGGUUGCAACAGAGAAUCUUUCAGAGGUUUCAGAUAUAAAUGCCAGCAGUGUUAUAAUUAUCAAUUAUGUCAGGAUUGUUUUUGGAGAGGAAGGAUUUCCGGAAAUCAUUCAAAUCAACACGAAAUGAAGGAAUAUACAACAUACAAAUCGCCCAGUAAACAACUCGGCCAUUCAUUAAGAAAAUCAUUUCAAUGUGUUCCGGAGAAACCAGCAAACGUUUUCCCUCGUUUUCCGGAAAAACCAGAGAGACCUCUUAAUUUAUCUCAUAUCGUUCCAGCAUCUCCUGCCACGUUUCAAAAUGGAUUUUCGGAAGUGCCAUGUCGUUCUGUCGAAAAAUAUCCCGUGGAAAGUCAUUCGAGUCAUGCUGUAGCCAAAAGUCCACAGUACGCUUCGUCCGUGGAAGCGUAUCAAGAAGAAGAACAUAAUCUUAUAGCUCGAUACGCUGCACAUCUAGCAGAUUCAUCUUCAUUAAGAAGCCCAUCCGAAAUUAGCUUAUCUCAAGAUACUAACAAGCAGCAAGAAUUGAUACUUCAACUCGAAAAUGAGAACAGGGAUAUAAUGAGAAAGAUUAUGUGUCUUCGACAACAACAAAUGGGUGCCUUGGUACCAACAAAUAAAAGUUCGACAUUGAUCAGCGAGUUGCAUAUACUUCGACAAAGAAAAAACGAAUUAGAGACUCAUCUAUGUGAUUUACAAGAAAGUAGACGAGAAUUAAUGAUUCAACUCGAAGCACUGAUGAAACUGUUAAAAAAUCAUCAAGGGUUACCUACGACACCGAGUAGCUCUCACUCAGGAACUAACAGAUCGCUUCUUUUUACUACACCCUAUCCACUGUCUUCGUCACGAAGCGCGCCGACCACUCCGGGAAGUGGCAUCCCUACUUUUGAAAGUUUUUCAGGAGUAGGAGCCAAGCAUCUCCCAUUUACUUCUUCCGCCAGCACACGGAGCUUACAGAAUGAUUUAUUAAUCGCAGCAGAUUCGGUUACAAAUGCCAUGUCUUCAUUAGUCAGAGAACUGAAUUCCGGAUCGGAGGAUGAGGAGAGAUUACAGGAUCAUAAACUACUGAGCAGUAGCAGAGAUUUCGAAACGGAAGACACCGAAAGUCCUGGGGAUAGUUUAGAGAUUGGGAGCACAUUAUGGCAAGAAAAAUGCCACCGUUCCGAUGAGAAUAGAUUCCUGGAAGAGAUAUGCGCUAGGAACGUCACAAAUACCUCACCUGGGGCCAUAGGUGGAAUCGAUGAUACAGAAACUCAAGAACUUUACGAUGGAGAAAUUGGGGAUUUAGAUUUGUCUUAUCAUCACACCUCAUUUACCACCGACGACGAGAGUUAUGUUCGAACAGAUGAUGACGAUGAUGAAGGAGCAAACGCAGACUGGGAAGAUAACAUGAAACGUUGGGUAAAUCGAUAAAAGACAGGUUGGAUUUCCUAACGUAUGCAAUCAUUAUAUGCAGUUGAUUUUAAAAUUUUUCGAACAUGUUUUCGCUUCGAUUGGUACAUGUUGCAUUGUUGCAGUUUUCUGUUGUUUAAAAAGACGAAAAAAAAAAAAGAAAUUGUAAAACUGAAUUUCUUAAGUAUUAAUAAAUCUUAAAAUAUCAGUAUCUGCAGUGGGUAAGUCCGUUAAGUUAUUAUACCGCUAAUUUUAUAAUAGAUAUAAAAGAAUCAUUGAUAAACACAAUAAAAUAAAAGUGGUAAAACAUACAGGACAGUUUUGCAUGUUAAAUUUGUUAAUUAUAACUGAUUUAGUACAUAAAUUACACUAAAAAUACACAAAAUACAAGACGUUCUAACGAGUAGACAUACAUAAAAAAAAAAAGGUAGUAAUCGAGACCCAGACAGAAAAAUGCGUUUUGGUCGCCUCGGGCGGGAACUAAACCCACACAUUCUUUGAUAACACACACACUGAAUGUCCUAGUCACGUAAGCUAUCAGAACAUACUUAAAGAUACUUUCUAAUGGAACCCCUAGCUUUAUCUCGAGAACAGUAACUUCAUCACAUUACCUGUUUCAGAUAAAAAUCUAAAUUUAUUUUAUGAACGCACAUAAGUUUGAUAAAAUAAAAUUUUAAAUUUAUUUAUCCAUCACAAU